AUGCUUCCUUCACCGACCCUGGCAACUCGAUCGACGCGCAUGGGAUGGAACCCGCCUUUGGCAAGACGACUUGGAAUGAAUGAUGCAGUAUGGUUUUGCGUGCAGGGCUAUAAAGGUGACCCAGCAAGAAAGAUAGGCAUUGCUGGGUCUGUCUCGAUACCACGACAGUCGCUCCUACAGCGCAUACAGAGCGAAUUUGGACAGAUGGAGCUGAUACAUGAAGGACAGUCUGACGACAUACGCGUCGUGGCUAUCAUGAACGCCUUUAACGAGGAAGAAGUAAUGCGCGUGCUCGACAUGGCGCAGGAACAUGCUUGGGUGCCGGACGCAAGUUCCGAGGCUCGAGGGCGGCAUGUUCUAUACCUUACAGGUCAGCCUCGUGAGAGUGGGAUGUUGGCUGCGACCGCGCUGGGCCUUACAGUUGCCUGUGUUGGACACAAGACGACUGAAGAGUGGGGCAUUCGUUUCAUGGCUGCCGCCCUGCGGACUGCGUUUCCUAACGUAAUCGUCGAAGAGGUGUACGAAGAAGAGAUACCCGUGAGGAGGCCGCCAAAACAGGAAAAAAUUCAGCGUUCCCGAACCCUGGAGGUGCAGGCAAUAGGAAACAUUUCCGAAUAA